AUGCAGAGAUAAUUAAGAAAUAAACAAAUAGGUAUAGUCACCAAAGUUGCGAUAGCCGUGCAUACUUUCCUUCUAUUGAUAUUGGUUGUAUCUGUUUGUUUGAAAUGGAAUGAGGAAUUUUUAAUGUCAAUUUUAUUUGGUUAAGCUGCUUGGUAAUAAUUUGUUAUAGAGACCAUUCAUCUUAGAUUGAAUAGAUUUAAUUACUUAGAAGAAUAAGAAUAAAUAAGAAAGAGAUUUGGACUUUCGACCUAAAAACACUAAGAAUCUUCUUUAUGGUAUUAUAGAAGAAAACUCUUAUUGCCAUUAAUUGUUAUGGUUCUUUUUUUCUUUACCAAUUAAACCUAUGAGGAUUUUCAAUAUUGCUUUAUUUCUGUACAAGGACUCUUAUAAAUUUACUAAGGUUCUACUAUCCUUAUUGUUGGAAUAAAAUAGCAUUUUGAAAAGAAUAAAGAUUAUUAUGGUGAUUUAGAAAGCGAGGGGUUAAUAAUGAAAAGGAAUCUGAUGUUAAGAAGAUCAGAAGUCAGAGCAUAAAAGUUAAAAACAUUGCUCAAUCUCCUAAAGAAAUUGUACAUUACAAUAAACACAAUUUAUUUUUCUAUAAGUGUGCUAUAUGAAUUCUACGCCAUCUUCAAUAAUAUACCCCCUUUCGAUUUACUCUAAUUUAUUUUUAAUUUUUAUUAAAUACCAGUUCCAAUAUAUGCAUUAGUAAUAUGUUAAUUGCAUAUACUUUUGGUGAUUCUUUAUUUUGGAAAUUCAAUAAUUCAAAAGAAGGCGAAUAGAGUUAAACGACUCUAUGAGCAUGUAACAAAGGAACAGGAAAAAUUAUAAGUGGAAGGAGGAAAAUAUCUAAGUGCCUUGACCUAUUUAUCACUUACUAUUAUUAUAUUCUUAUAUUAUAAUAGUAUGACAGGAAUCAUUUAAAUUAGUUCGGUUUGA